CAUUUUUGAUUGAUCUAUUAUUCUAUUCUGUGGUGACUGAUAAUCUGAGGUUAUAUCAGCUGUCAUUGAAUACGAGGAGAAUGUUUAAAUAUUUUUCUUCCUUGAAUAAUUCUCAUGCUUUGUUAAUUGAAGGUGAAUUUCGUGUCUGUGCAAAAGAAUGCAAAUGCUGCUUUAGUUCUGUGUGACUGGUAUAUCAUUACAUUAAGAUUCUUAAGUGACCAAGUUGUUGCUGUGUGGUCUGUUUGUUUUUUCUAUUUGAGAUUCAAGAAUUUACGAUCUAUUCAAAAUGGGAAAAUCUAUUCAACCAAAACUCAAACAAGUUUCACAAAAAAAGGUGGUUGCACGAAAAAAUAUUAAAACCAGUAAGAAGUCUGAUGGAAUAAGCGCAAUACGUAAGAAACCUGAUAUCAUUGAGAGCUAUCUACGUACACUAUCCAAUAACUUCGGAUCUAACAAUACAAUUACCACAAAUAAUAAAAGAAAACACGAUGAAAAAGAUGAAGAAAAUGAAGAAAGACCAAAUAUCAAGAAAUUUAAGAGUAUGGGAGAUUAUGAAAGUAAUGUUGAGGAGAAUUUGCAAAUGUACAAUAUAGAUAAUAUACAAUUCGAAUAUAGAACCACACGUUUGAAAUCUGAUGAGGAAUUGAAGGAUCUAUUCCAUAUUGAUGAUGUGAAAAGCAGCAAUGAACACACAUAUUAUGUUGAUUGGUUACAUGACCUUUGUGAUGAAAUAAGUUUGGAAGGCUUGGAUGGUAUAACUGUUGAAGCAUUAUGGUCAAGAAUGAAAGCCAGCUCAUCACAUCCUACAUUGUUAGAGGGAAAAGAAGAAAUUUUGUGGAAUUUGCUCAAGUAUAUUGAUGAACUUGAAUUCUAUAUAUUGGAACAUCCUCGAGGAAAAUUGGUUAUUUAUGACAAAAACAAUUAUGUAUGCCCUGAUACAGGCAUCGUUUUAGAACCUAUGGUAGAUUCUGGAGAAAUUUAUCCUUUUUCCAUAGUUCACAAAGAUGUUGUUAGAGGAUCAUGUGCAUCAUAUGAGACUAGAAUGGAAAAUUCUGCUGUUAUCAGGAAACUUGGAUUGAAAGAAGCCUUAAAUAUUUAUGGCAAUAGAUUGGUGAUAGUGGCAAGUCAAAAAAUGAGGGAACAUGCUAUUAUAAGUGAAAUUUCAGAUCCAAAAACGGAAUUGGGAGACACUGAAUAUUGUCUUCUAGAAAGAAUUGGACGUGCAAGAGGUUUUGGUGAAUUCACUCAGGGAAAAGUGUCUGUCCUCUCUAUAAUUAAAGAUUCAAGAUCUUUGUUUCAUGUCAGAAAGAGUUUAGAAGGGAAAAAACUUCUGAGGAAUCAGUAUUUCAUACUUAGGAAUGCAUCUUCUGGACAAAAUAAAACAGGAAAACUCCUACACCUUCCUAGAUUCUAUAGGUUACAAAAAAGCAAAACUCUUCUUCUAAUAGAAGAAAUUGUAGAACUCCUCAGACAGAAACCUGGAUUUUCAUUGGAGUUUGGUGAAUUCAGAAAAUAUUUCCCACGUUCAACAGGAGCCUAUAAAAUAAUGAAAACUACUGAAUUCAAUAAAUAUAUCAAAACUGAUAUUUUUCGUCCUUAUAGGUAUCUUUAUCCUAAUGCAACUGUGGGUGAAUGGAAAUAUAAAAACAAAAAUAAAGAGAAAGUAUUGCGAAUAUUUCAACUAAUUGACCCAACAGUAAAUGUUGCUGCAACAUGGAACACUGCUGACAAUGAUGAUAAUAUAAAAGAUGAACAAUUGGAUGAUGGAGGAAUAGGAAGUAAAGAAAUUAAUGCAGACUUUUUGAAUGAGGUUUUUUGGUUCAUAUUCAAGACAGGCAAAUACGGAAUCACACUGCAGGAACUUGUUAAAAAGAUAAAUUUGGAUUACUACACUAUCAGAAUUGCUGUUCGAAAAUUACAAGCUAAAAAUAUGAUAGAUAGCCACAGAACAGAACAUGGAAAACAACGGCACAUAUAUUAUUUUGCUAGAUGUUUACAUUCAAGGAAAGUACCAACACCAUUGAAAAAGACAACUCAGUUUGCUGAGAAUGUUUUCAAAAAACUAUAUCGAGAUAAAAAGAAGAAUAAAAUCAAGAGUACUCUCCCAAUUAUAAUAAAUAAAGAAACAGUAAGGUUUUCUCAUCAGAAAUAUCCUUUCAAUUGUCCAGCAUUACGGCAAAAUGUGGCAAGUAUAGAAAUAAUAGCUAGUGACCCCAUAACAGAUUGGAAAGCUUGGAUCUUCCCACAAAAAGGGAUAAUAAAAUUGCCUGAUAUACGGCUUAUUCCAAAAUUUUGUAAUAUUGUACAUGAACAAAAGCAAAAAGUAUGGCACUUCACUAACGUAACAAAUAUCAUAACAAGCUAUCGCAAUUUCGAUGUAACUGUUAAACUAAUUCUCUUAGAAUCAAUGGCAAUGGAAGUUAAACCUGAUCUGAAGAAAAUACUUGGAGAAAAUUUGAAUGAAAAGAAUCUUAUGCAAGAUUUUGCUAUCGAUUUUGAAGCAGUAUCAAGAGUAAAACAGGACUUUUCAGCAAAUUACUACACUUCUAGAGAUUUCUUACUAGGACCCAAUCCAGUUAUACUGAGCCAUGAUAAAACUCCAGAAGGUGUGGAGGUAACCAUUACUCAAUCUACGCAACCAGAUAGUUAUAUUACUAACUACUCCUCAUAUGUUACCUUUGAUAAAAAUAUAACUUCAUUAUCAUUGUCUCGGACAAAUAUGAUUUUGGAAGAGAUAAAUGAGAAUCUUAUUAUACCCGAUAUUUACAAAGUACAAAGGACAAUAACAGAAAAGGAAAUGGAAUCUUCAAAUAAAGGGUCGCAUGGUAAAAUGGAUAAAAAUACCUUACAUCGUAUUUUAGUGAAAUUAGUGAAUGAAGGUUAUAUUAAAAUUUUCAAAUAUCUGAUGAUGUCACCCGAUAAAUACAAAACUCAGUGGUUUGUAACACAUCCAACCAUAGAGAAUACACAUCCAUUAUUAAGGUCGAAUCAAGAACAACUGGCAGUUAAAUUUUUUUUGGGUAUGGAUAGAAGACAUCUCACUAGCUCUAAUUCAGAAAAAUCGACGCCUAAAACAACAGUCUCAGUCUCUGCGCCUUUUGACAGUGAAGAAGCAGCUUCAAGUAUGCAAACAUUGAAAGAAAUAUCUUGUACCAAACCAACAGUAACUUACAAGCAGAACAGAUUAUUUGGAAGAAUUUUGGGUUAUCAGCCAAAAUUUGUCAGGAUGCAGUUAUUUCAUGAACUACUCUAUUAUCUUUUAUAUGAUUAUCGACCUUUACAUCAGAUGUCACGUAAUGAUAUAAAAGAAAUACACCAGUAUUAUGAUUCCAAGGAACUGAAAGAAAUACCUCCUAUUUAUCAAAAUACUAUAGAUUGGAAAAUGUUUAUUCCACCAUUGCCGGUUCAUAAAAAUUUCACAAAUGGUUGGACGUUACUCUGUGAUGUUAUUUUAUCAAUUCCCCUUUCUUUAUGGGUGAAAAUAUUCCAUAUAUCUCUAGAAUGUCCUAAGUUGUUUGCUUACCUCGAACAUCCUAUACGGCAACAUUAUUUGAUUAGAGACAUUCCUUUGGAAUUUCGCUAUGUUCUCAUGUUUAAAAGAAAAUACUUAUUCAAUACUGUGGAACUGGUUUACCGAUUAUGUUUUAUUGGCUUAGUUCAAUUGGGUCCUCAAAGCCCAAUGGUGAAAGAUCAAAUAUUUUUGUAUUUGAACAGAAAAGCUAAAUUACUAGAUACAAGUUCAAGUGGACCAAGUUAUCAUAAGAUCACCACAAAAAAGUAUGAAGAAUUAUCGUUUAAUUUCUUAUCAAGUUCAGAUGUGGAAAAUUACUGGUGUCAACUUUGGACAAUAAGUAUGAAUACUCCACUGGGUCAAAGGAGAGUUAUGGAAGGUAAAUCUGUGACAAUAGAACAACCAUCUUUCAAAAGUAUGCUGUUAGAUUCUUUAAAAUCCAAAACCCCAGAAGAAGCUUUAGCUAAUGACAAUGGGCAAAUUCCUGGUGACAAACGCGGUGCUGCCGGCUUGGAUUCAAGCAUGUGGUCUCAUAUAAAGAGAAAUUGGCUCUGGUCUAGCAAACUUCCGAAAAGUAAGGGUGUAACUCAAGAAAAAGGUGUAACCAAUGAAAAAGAAAAUGAAGGUAUUAGAAAUGCUAAUAUUGCCUGUAUUAAACCAGUAGCAAUAAAAUAUAAAGAACUUAUUAAUCAAAGUAGAAAAGUAUUUAUGACCACUGACCACAAUCGUCCAACAUAUGUUCAAAGUGGAUCUAACUAUAAACAUAGAAAAAAGAAUAAAGUAAUACAUCGUAAUAUUAUGAUAAAAAAACUUACUAACAAGAUCAAGAAGGACGAACUAGAUGCGAAAGAUAAAUUAAUUGUGAAAAAAAUUGGCAGAACUUUCAGAGCAAAAUUCAAUCAGAAUGAAGAUAAAAUAUUAUACAUUUGUAAAGCAGCCAAUUAUUUCCUCACUAAAAAUAAAAAUAUUCUCAAAGUUUCUCGAUUCUUGAUAAGGGAUAUAUUGCAUAUUUUAUGUCCAGAAAGUCAGGACAAAACAAGUACUGCUUGUUCAAGAAGACUAAUAAAAUUGGAACGUUAUGAUAUAUCUAUGAAACGAUUACGAGAUAGAGCCUAUGAGUUGAUAAGUUUGAAAGAUUUGUCAACGCAUUUUGCUCCAAUUAUUUUCAAUCUCAAUAAAUCAUGUCUUGCAUCUACAUACAGUUCCUUCACCAAUAUGGAUAAAAGUGUUGUUUUUUUACAUGCAGUAUGGUACAUUUACCGUAACUUCAAUCUUGUUGAAAAGAUUCUUCAGGGUCAAUCAAGAAAUAACGAUUACUUCAGUCCAAAUAACCUUGACAUCUUCAAAUCUCUUUUUGUGACGAUAAACAAUAAAAAAUCAGUAUUCAAUACUCCUUCCAAUCAAGUGGAUAUUGAAAAGGAAGCCAUAAAAUCUGUACUCAUGAGUGCAUUGAAUUGCUCAAAAUUGGGACAAAAUAUCUCUUAUCAGUUCUAUCAGAUUUGUAAGAAGUAUUCUGACAUAUCCAUAAGAUCAGCUAUUGGUGCUUCAAAAGGGUAUCAAACAAUUUCUGUCAUCAAGAAGUCACGGGUCACUGGAAGUAACGUAAGAGCUAUUCCCUUCCAAUUAUCUGUCACCUAUACACAUAUGCAGAAGUCCACUUUUAGUUGUUUAACUCUGCACACGAUAUAUCAACAUUUUGUAGAAAUUACCAAAGGAACCCCUCGGUUUGCGCAAGUAGAUACAACAAAAAAUAUAUUUACAUAUAGUCGUUUGUUGGCUAGAAAUGAAAUCGCAUCGGUUUGGCCUGGAAUACAUUUAACGUUUAAUGUACCAGGUUCUGCUCAUGUAUUGAGUCCAUAUGUGAAAAAUCAAAACGCUCUCAGAACUAGUUUAGCAGAACUGUAUCAACGAUAUUUGAAAGAAAAAUUGCAAGACAUCAAUAAUCCCUUGAAGAAAACAAGAAGAGUUACUAAUAAAAUGUCAAAAAUCGUUUUGCAACCCUCAACAGAUUCAAAGCGUUUUGUGCUUGUCAAAUCAAACACUAAGCGACUUCUCUCAACCCUUCCAUGCUUUUGUAAUGAAAAAAUCAGUAAAAAUAUUCCAUUAUUCCUAGAAUGUAAUGAUGAGGAUCAGAUAAAUGAAUACUUACAGAUCUUUUUAGAAGCUCUAACUACAAUCAGUUUGAACCUGUUCACGAGUGAACAAGGAGGUUAUAAAUUAUUGCAAAGUUACAUUACCAAGUAUUGUAGACCUAAAGUAAUUUCUUCAUUCACCAGAGAAUUAGAAUCAAAAGUUUUCAAAAUGGGUCACAUUGUGAGAGAGUUCCUUAAAAACCAUUAUUUGAUGGAUUUUAUUCAUUGUUUUGAAAAUAAGCUUCUUGCAAAAGAUGAAAAAUGUGAAGAACUAAUUCGUAUUUGGUUGGAGAAAUCAAAGAUGAAAACCUCGGUUUUGGCUGUUAAUGAGGAAACCAAACCAUCUUUAGACGAAAAAAAAAAUCAAAGUUUUUACAAAUACAAGAAAGCCACAAUGGAAAAUCCGUUCAAAAUGAUAACGAAUGUGGAUGAUAUUCCAAAAGUUGAAGAAAUUUCACAAGGAAUGAUGGAAUCUAGUUCAAAUCUUAGAAGGAACAUUCCGCAUAUAAGUGAUAUAGUUCAUCUUUUAUCGCAGGAGAAAUGUCCAGAUGCAGAAGGUGAAAAAUUAUUAGAAGAAUUAAGACAGAAUUUCAUUACAGAAUAUCCAACUUUGGAGAACUUUGAUUUUGAAAAUUUAGCUGAAUUCAAACAAUUAUCGAAGUAUCUAUUCCUUCAAGAAGAGAAACCUGAUCUUGAAAUGAUUAUUCACAGAUACUGCCAUGUCAAAGAAAGCGAUACUAUAAAAAUGUUAGCGAAAAUAAAGGAAAAAGGAGGAACUGGAGAGGAUCAUUUGCUAGCUGGAGGAAUUAUUGCAUACGUUUUCAAUCAAAAAGUCAUGGGUGCCACUGGAGUGCAAAUUGAGAAUGCCUUUAGUUCAAGAAAAAGGACCUUGGAUCUUCAUGUCAUAGUUGAAAUUCUGUGUGAUACUUUCAUUCUAUUGGAAGUGGGAAUAACUGAAAAAACAUUUGUUCAUAUGGAACACAGUGACCCGUGGUUAGUCGAUACAUUCCAUUUAUCUCAUCAUGAAAACCAUCUUCUUCAUGCUUCUGAUAAUAAUGAACUUCAAAUCAUUCAAGAGAAAAUAGAGUCUAGAAUACAUUCUACAAAGCCUGUAAAAGUGAUCAUGAUGCCUUGGUUGCAUCUUGAUGGAACAUUGAAUUACCCUCUCCUUGACAAAUGGUUAACUAUUAUGUUGUCCUACUGUUUGGAAUCUCCAAGAUGUUCCUUACUGAAUGUGUUUGAGAAAUUUUACCUUGUCAAACCUGUGGAAUUAUAUCUAUUAUUAAAGAUUUUACAAGAAUUGAAUUGUUUGAAGAUUCUUGUUGUUGACGAAAAACCAGAAGAUCUUUGGAGUGAUACAGAAUUGUUUGAAAAUAGACCGGCAACAAUUUUGGAUAGUUUCGAGAAAAUGUUCAUUGACGUCGAACCUCUUGCUGCAAUCAGUUUGGGUUAUUAUUUGGACAAAGAAGUUGUUGAGUUCGCAUAAGUUUCGACAAAGAAUAAUUGUAUAUAAUUCAAUUUUGUAAUAAUACAAUUUUUGUAAAUAAACUGUUUUUAUUUA